GCUCCUGUACCGUGCAUUGUGCAGCCUGGGGGCUGGCACUGCACCCUUUGUCCUGUACUGCAGUUCCUGUACUGUGGAUUGUGCAGCCUGGGGCCUGGCACUGCAUCUGCUGUCCUGCUCUGGAUACUGGGCAUUGGGUCCUGCACUGCAGCUCCUGUACCAUGCAUUGUGCAGCCUGGGGCCUGGCACUGUGUACCAUAGGACCACCACCCUGUACCACAUACUCUCAGUUCUGAGCUCUGUCUCACACACACUCUGGGACCUGUGUUAUUUACUGAGCCGCUGGAGCAUUGGGCUUGCACUGUCUGCUAGGAGCCAUUCACUAAGCGUCCUGCACCCUCAGCUCUGAGCCCUGCCCUAUAUACCAUACGUGCUGAUUUAUGAAUCCAGCUCCACAUACUCUGGUUCGUGCCCCAUCCACCCUCAGCUCUGAGCCCUGGGUCCCGGAUUGCUCACCCUUGUUCUCUUACAUGUACCACAUCAGGGCAACUUGUGUGGUUGGCUGAUGCACAGGUUGGACACUGUUUAACCCCCCUUAACACGCUGCUAGAUAUUAAGAGAAUGGCUGCAGUGGGUUGUAGGCCUAGCAGCAGAAGGGUCUCGGCGGUGUUGGAUCCCAGCUCUAUGUCCACCUCUUCUCGCAGAGCGAGCCAUGGCUGGAAGAGGAGGCAGAGGGAGGGGUCGGAGCCAGAUGACCUUCAACGUGGAAGCUGUGGGCAUUGGGAAAGGCGACUCUCUGCCCCCUUCCACCCUCCAGCCCUCGCCGCUCUUCCCCCCCAUGGAGUACAAGCCAGUCCCGCUGCAGACGGGUGAGGAGGUGGAAUACAUGCUGGCACUGAAGCAAGAGCUGAGGGGAGCCAUGAAGAAUCUGCCAUAUUAUGUCAAGCCGGCCGCCCCCAAGAAAGAUGUUGAGCGCUACUCGGAUAAAUAUCAGAUGUCUGGCCCCAUUGAUAAUGCUAUUGAUUGGAACCCAGAUUGGCGGCGCUUACCGCGGGAGCUAAAGAUCCGAGUUCGAAAGCUCCGGAAGGAGAGAACCACCAUUCUGAUCCCCAAGCACAAACAGCGGCUCCCGGUGGACAAGGAGGAAGCCAUUAAGAAACUGGAGACCCUUGAGAAGAAGGAGGAGGAAGUGACGUCGGAGGAAGAAGGGGAGAAAGAGGAGGAGGAGGAGGGGAAGGAAGAGGAGGAAGAGGAGUAUGAUGAGGAGGAGCACGAAGAGGAGACGGAUUACAUCAUGUCCUACUUCGACAACGGGGAGGAGUUUGGGGCCGACAGUGAUGACAACAUGGACGAGGCGAUAUACUGAGGGCAGCCGGGUUGCUCGGAUACCAGCCUGGCGUGGACAGUGCUCGGACGCCUGGGGCCGCGGACCCCAGCCGUCUGCCCGCAGCAGGGACGGGUGUGCCACGUUGGUGACAGCCGAUCCCUCGGGGAAGGAGGGGCCGUGUCGGGGCUCGCUGGGGACACCCCCAUCCUUCCUCCAGCUCGGUCACCAUUUCCGUCCCCACAGUGGGAGGCUUGGAUUCAGGUCAGCCGCUGAGACGCGGCCCUUUGCUCCCUGCCUGGCCUCCGCCCCACUUCGAGUGGGCCAGCUGGGGGUGCUGAUGGGUCCUCACCUCGGAACCCUCCAGAGGACGAUCUCGCGCUUCACCCCUAGGUGGGGCUCUUGGUCCAUUUUCCCAGCAGCUGCUCCUUGGAGGCGGAUGGAAAAUUCUGCUGGGACAGAUAGAGAAUUGAACUACGGCUGACAUAACCAGCGUGUGCGAGUGACAGACAUCCUCUGCCUUCGGACACCCCACCCACCCACCCCCAGCUACCCCAGGGGGUCCGGCUAGCUCAGCUGCGGGAGAAACUGACCAGAACACAACCAUCCUGGGACUGUAAUGUCCUGUGUUAAUCGGCAUCUGCCCCGAAGGAGGAGGUGAAACCAGCAUUGAAACCCAGCAGGGAGUGGUCAGCGGCUCCCACCCCCCGCUCUCCGUCGUCUGGUCUGUUUCACUCCCACCUGCCUCCCCCUGCGAUCUGGAGCUGACCUCCGUUCCAGCUGUGUGAUCUGGGCACGCGGAGUGGGUGUGUUAGUCCAGGGUUUUAAUAGGAAACCUCAUUGCACCAGCAGGCUCGUAGGGCUACGAGGGGGAACAUGAAUGGAGCUGUUCUCCAGCCCCACGUCCCUUCCCAGUCCUGGGUCUGAUUCUCCAGGGCCUGACCCCUCGUGCAGCCAGCCGCUUUGCACCACUGUGAACGGCCUGGUGGGGUGCGAAGCGGGAGGUUGCACCAGCUUUUUUCACGGGGGAUAAACAACCACACCAGAUCCAGGGCCACGAAGAAUCGGGUCUUUGGAGGGGUGGGGUUCACAGAGGAUCUUAAUCUCAUUUCAGACCCCGGGCAGCCACCCGCUUCCCUGCCUCCCCUUGCCCCGAGGAGUCACCAGCUGACUUUGAGGGAUCCAGCCCCAGUCCUGGAGGUGCCCUAUACGGGUUUCUCAUGUGGCUGGUGUCCUGACAUCUCCUGAGGCUCAUCUCAGAGUGGGGUCCAUCCUGCUUCACAUCAGUGACUCGGAUCUCCCCAGUCUGCAAAGUUUUAAUAAAGGAGGGUGUUUUUACUGUCGCUUUAAAAUAUUUUAGAGCAGGUGGGUUAAUAAACGAGGGAACGUCUCCCUCCCCCACAAUGAUUUUAUGCUGCUCAGUGGUUGAGGAUGGUUAUAAUGUAUUCUCCCCUGCCACAUCCUGCCCAGCUUAUAACCCCCAGGCCCUGCAGCCCCCCCUUCCCGAACUGAGCCAGGCUGCAGGGACGGGGUGUCUGGGGGAGGGGCAACCCCUUGGUUUGACCCCCUGUUGAAAGAAACUGGUGAGUGCCCCCAAAAUGUAUUUGGGUGAGUUUUAAAGAAAGAUUCUGCACACAGAAUUGUCUGUGUGGUGUGGUGUGUUCGUCUACGGGGUGUUUGUGCAUGUGUUGAGUUUUGUUGUGGCAUUCUCGCGUGUAAAUUUGUUGAGUUUGUGUGUUGUGUGCUCCUUGUGCGUUUCUGCAUGUGGCGCUUUUGCACGUUUGUAAGGGUGGGUGUUUGUCUGUUGGGGAUGGGAGCUGUGUUAUGUCUGUCUGCGUCGACUGUAUGUUGUGUGCUCCAUGUGUUUGCGUCUCUGGUAUGUGUGUGGCACGGGGGACGUGCGUGCCUGGUGCCUGUGGGCCUGGGGGAUGUGUAUGUGUGUCAUGCAUAUGUGGCAUGGGGGAUGUGUGUGGAUGUGGAUAUGUGUGUGAGUAGGCACGGGGGAUGUCCGUGGAUGUGUAUGGUG